UCCUAAAGAUUCAGCUUGAGUUCUUCCCAUUAAAUUUCUAACGUCCCUUUUUUUGGUCUACUCUUCCCCCGCACAGAUUUAAAUCGAUACCGCCAAAUUUAAUGGUACGAUGGCGCAACAACAAUGCUGACGCCAUGAUUGAGGCACAAUAUCCGACACCCGGUGAAUUCGAGUACAUGGAAUGCGGACCCUCGCCGCCCGCUGAGAGUGCACCCAGCAUGUAUGACAGCUUCGAGGAGCCCACAAGCGAGCUGAGCGUACAAAUAUGCAACGACACCUUGCGCAUCAGUCUGAUCGAUCAGAUGAAGAGCGCCGCCGGGCGUGUGCGCUUCCUGGAGGACAUCGAACAGGGCAAUGUGAUUGUGGAGAAUACGAAGACACACUUCGAAUCAGCAUCGAAAAUUGAAAAGAAUCUCAGUUAUUUGUGGGCGGCCUUCUUGAAACGCUGGGACUUGCUGCAGAGUUUUCUAGACAUUGGCGCCGAAUUGAACUUCUGUGAUCAGAAUGGCAUUUCGGCAUUGCAUUUGGGCGCCUUUAGUGGUUGCCUAUCGACGUUGAGUUUUCUCGUCGGCAAAGACGUGAAUGUGAACUUGCAGCCGAAAUGUUAUACGCCAUUGCAUUGCGCUGCGUUUGGCAAUUCAGCCGAGGCAGCGAAAUUUCUAAUCAACAACGGCGCACUCAUCACCAUCGACACCAACAAACCCAACUGCGAGGAGAGUCUACUGCACUGUGCCGUGCGCGCCAAUGCGCUCGAAUGCGUGCAGCUGUUCAUUGUGGAGGGUGCCGACGUGAAUUCGCUAAAACCGAAUGGCACUAAUGCGAUACACCUGGCGGCCGAUUUGGGCAAUGCGCAGUGCCUGGAGGCGCUGCUGAAUGCGCCCGGCGCUGAUCCCAAUGUGCGCAUUUGUAUACGCGAAAAGGAGUCGACAGCGCUGCAUUUGGCCGCCGAUGAGGGCAAUGUCGAGUGCGUCGAUCUGCUGCUAGCCAAAGGCGCCGAUGCCAAGUUGAAAAAUCAUCGCGGCUUCACCGCGCUGCAUUUGGCGGCGCGCACCUCCAGUCUGGAGUGUGUAGAGUCGCUGCUGCGUAACGGCAAUGCCGAUCCCAAUGCAGAGGACUUUGAUCAUCGCACGCCGCUGCAUGCGGCCAUCGGCAAGUCGGAGAAUGCCUUUGAUAUACUCGAAACGCUGAUACAGUGGGGCGCCAAUGUCAAUCACAAGGACAUUUACGGCUUCACAGCGUUGCAUUUGGCCGCGCUCGACGGGCUGGCGCAAUGCGUUGAAAUGCUGAUCUUCCAUGGCGCCGAUGUGACUACGAAAUCGAAGAAGGGCACCUCAGCAUUGAAUGUGAUCACACGCAAGACGCCCGCUUCGGUGGCGAUGAUCAGACAAAAACUGGACGCGGCCAUUACACUGCACCACUCACAAGAUCCAGUCAAUCGUGAAGUGGAAUUGGAGCUGGACUUUCGUCAGCUGCUGCAACACUGUCAUCCGCGCGAGAUCAGCUAUCUGAAUACGUUCGUAGACGAGGGGCAAAAGGAAAUACUCGAGCAUCCAUUGUGCUCCUCCUUUCUCUACAUCAAGUGGGGAAAGAUACGCAAAUACUAUAUAGGACGGUUGAUCUUCUGCUUCACCUUCGUGCUCUUUCUCACACUCUACGUGCUGACGGCACUCGCGCACAAUUGCUACAACGGCAGCAAGGACGACAAUACGACCAUACAGGCGCAGGAGCUGUGCCAAAAGCAGUCCAUACUCGGCGACAUGCUGCGCAACAAUCCCUUUGUCAUGGAGAUGCAGUGGUGGGUGCUGGUCGCCAUCACGAUUGUCGAGAUAUUUCGGAAACUCUACGGCAUAACCGGCUAUUCAACGUUCAAGCACUACGUGACGCAGGUGGAGAAUAUUAUGGAGUGGUUCGUAAUCACGAGUGUCUUCGUCAUCUCGUACAUCUACACGAAACAGACAUACACAUUUCAGAACCACAUAGGCGCCUUUGCGGUGCUGCUGGGUUGGACAAAUUUAAUGUUGAUGAUCGGCCAACUGCCCGUCUUCGACGUGUAUGUGGCAAUGUAUACGCGGGUGCAGGGUGAAUUCGCAAAACUCUUCAUGGCCUACUCGUGCAUGCUAAUUGGCUUCACAAUAAGCUUCUGUGUGAUAUUCCCCUCCUCGUCGUCCUUCGCUAACCCCUUCAUGGGUUUCAUCACUGUGCUGGUGAUGAUGAUCGGCGAACAAGAUCUCUCGCUGCUGAUCAACGAUCCGGACGGCAAAGAUCCACCCUUCUUGCUGGAGGUGAGCGCGCAAAUCACCUUUGUGCUCUUCCUACUCUUCGUCACAAUCAUACUGAUGAACUUGCUGGUCGGCAUAGCUGUACACGAUAUUCAGGGUUUGAAGAAGACCGCCGGCCUAUCGAAACUGGUGCGUCAAACCAAACUUAUAUCCUACAUAGAGUCGGCGCUCUUCAACGGUUAUCUACCACCUUGGCUGCGCAAUUUGCUACACUACACUGCACUCGUCUCGCCACAGGCAUAUCGAGUUGUCUUGUGUGUAAAGCCGCUGAAUCCGAGCGAAAAGCGUUUGCCACGCGAAAUACUCAUGAAGGCCUACGAAGUGGGCAAGAUGCGCAAACAUUUUGGUCAUACCAUAUCUGCGAAGGGUACUGCGGCAACCUAUUUGCAAUACAAGAACAAAUACAAUGACAAUCAGACACAAAGCUAUGCGACAGACGAUUUGGAAACGGCACAUUUUAAUACGCUAACGAGCAAGAUCGACGACAAUGCGGAGCGUAUUGAAUUUCUUACACAGGAAAUUCAGGAGCUAAAGCAGGCGUUGAUUACGCAACAGCAACAGGCGAGCAAAGUGAUCGAUAAGCUAUUGAUUGUGAUUUCAAAUCAACAAAAGAAUAAUCUUAGAAAGUAAGCGACCAUUGGCUGAGUGCCAAAGUAAGAAAUUACAUAGAUUUAGGACGACGCUAUGUAUGUGAGCUCGUCAAGGAACAGUAUAUUAUGUGGUAUUAUAGUGUAUUUGAUUCGAUUUGAAUUUGAAAUUUAUGAAAAAGUGGAAGCAAUCAGAAACUUGAAUGGAAUUUAUUUUAAUUGUAAAUUUACUUGUAGUUUAGCUAAGCGUGAAAUAUAAGUAACCGAUAUUUUUUGUAGUAAAAUAAUUUAUAGUUAAAUAAUGAAUUUACAUAUACAAUUU